CAUAUAAAAUUGUUUAACAAGGAUGUAUCUUUCCCGGUUAUAUAACCACCGACACCGAACGCUUUGCAUAUACGAUUGCAUAACGGAGCAAACGAUUACGAGCACUUAUGUAUAGCUGACGAGACGCCAUUUUAACGGGAAGACUUGCAUUCACCCACGUGGAAUUUUAACAUCGGAAAACUCACAAUCAGAACAAACGAUUCAUUACGAUUCAUCGGCUAUGUAUAUAUAUUUAUACCGCAACUAUUAUCAUACGUAUAUGCACGCUGCGUAGUCCUAAUAUAUAACGACCUUUGAUACUUUUUCUUCGUUGUACUUCGAUAACGUUAUAGUUAUCUUCUCUACGAAAGUGAUUGAUUAUAUGUAUGUAUGUAGAGCAUGAUUGCAGCGUUUCAUAAAUUUUAAGUGUGCCAGUGAUCAACCGUGAGAGUGAUGAAUCCAUAAUCCCGUGAAUUUCGGCUCAUAGGACACCCCACGCCGAGCCCCACGCUCAUGAUGGAUACAUGGUGUAUAUGGUGAUAAAUUGAGUACAGAAUUAUUCAACCUGCACUUCCAUUCACCCAACAGUUGACUGCAGAGUGUUGGAAUUUUUUACAAUCUAUUUGAUAUUUAUACGAGGUGAAACGAGAUAUAGGUAUAUACGUAUAUAGAUCAAUAUGGGGAUAACAGUUUAAUCUAUAUAUGACGCAAUCAGAAGUGAUUCACAAUCGAUUAAAGAUCGUGAUAAAUUCUUUAAAAUCGUUGCAAGAACGAUCACGGCAUGAGAUAACAAAAUUCUCACUCCAAAAACAAUGCAUGAGAUCGUGAAAAUUAGAUAAACGACCUGUGUAAGAUACAAACUUUCUACAUCAGCUGCACCCUUAAUUUUAUGUACAACUAUAGGUAGCCUAUUCGGAAGCACAGUUUUGUUCAAUUUUCUAUAUUUUCUGUGUCGAUCUGAAAUAUAUACGCUCUGCAGGUCUGGAAUAUUAUACAAAGCGAUAAACCAGCUCUGUAUAUGAUAAUUUUUCCAAAGAGCGAGUGGAAUAUUAUAGGUAUAGUUAUUCGUUGUGGAACGAUUCCGAUAUACAUAUAAUGCGCUUACGUUUUCGUUCCACAAAUUAUCUGAACAACGAUAAUUCGACUGUGUAAUCAUUCGACUUGUAGUUUUUCAUGUUAUAUAUAUGCUGACGUAUUAGUCAUACCAAAUGAACUUUUUCGUCACACCGUGGUAUCUGCAGUGAUUCCUGCAGGGUCUCUUGUGCAUGAUGGUUAAAUUCCAUGGGAAGCAGCUGCUUAAGCCAUUCGUUCAAGCUACGGUUAAAGACUUCACCAUUUAUGAGUAUAAGACAUCAGCCAUACCAACGGAUGGAAGUAGGAGAUAUAUUUAAUCCGGGGUGAGCAUUGGAGCGGAUUAUGAAUAGUGUGGGUGGCUCGAAAGGGCCUACAAGAAGCCCACAUCAAGACGUUCGUAUUAUUACACUAAUGUUGUAAUGUACAGCGACUGUAGGAAAAAAUAAAAAUUCAGGUAUGAAUCGGAAAUAUAGGGUCCCCGAAAAUGAAUUUUGCAUUCGCAGAUACUCGUUUAUUUGAGAAAUAAACCAUCGGUACAACCAUUCAUUUAUUGAUGACACGCCAUACCAUAGAUCAGGGAGAAACAUUCAAUGCAGAACAAAAUUCUAUGAAGAAAUGAACGCCUCUGUAUGGCUUUAUUGCUGGUAAGUGAAACUGAUCUGCGACUCAUGAGCAGUGCAGAGAACCCUAGGUAUUCUGAAGUAUUGAAAGAUGUGAAAAUAAUAUUUUCUAGAGAAUAUAUUCGUGUGUCGUCGACUGCAGACGGACAAUAAUUAUUAUUGCCAAUAUGACUGUCGUUCAAUAAAUAGGCAUCCAAAUUCGAUAAAUAGAAAAAUUAACACCUGUAUAUACGACUGUGGUUGGGACUGUGUAUGCUCGUAAAUUAAAAAUACAUGUCCAGGGAUCCUAUUCACGAUUCGUUUCUGGAUUUUUGUUGGUGUCAGCUUCGCAUGAUGUUCCUAAUUGAUUAUAGGCUGAGAAAAUAAAUUUUCAACUAUGUUAUUUCACUCUACUAUCAAAAAGCUUACGAUUAUUUCGCAGGUAUACCGCAUGUGUAUUGAUAAUGAAUAUCAUAUCUAAAUUAAGAUUGUCCCUUUCAAAAUUACGUGUAAUACAAUAGAUGUAUCAGAAACGAACAAUAGGCUCUAAUAAAAUGAAUGAAUUGGAAUAUUACAUGGCAUUAGAAUACUUUAAAUAUUUAAACCGAGUGAGGAAAAGAUAGUGAAAUUUUGCACUUGCGAAUUACGAUGAUCGUAUCUAAACUAGCCGCAGGAAAUGUAAAGGAAAAAUUGUAAUCCCAAUAAACGAUUUUGGAGCCAAAACCUGAUAGCUUUUGUGUGCAUCGGUAUUUUCAGCGAUCAUGUUCUCCACUUUCUUGUAUCGAAUUCCGCGAAUGUUUAGACAUGCAUCCGUACUUCCGGUUCGCAAUAAUGUCCAAUCGGAGGGCGUAUCCCUGCCCCAGGCCCCCUUCAUUUCUUUUUACAUGGCUGCGCCGGCCACCGUGGCGAAGUAGCGACAGCGAUAGCGACUGUGUGGUGUAGAACGAGCAGUGAAACGAGGAGCUCCAUAGUAGAUCACAGGCUUGGUUGCGCUCUGAUUCGGUGGUGUGGUGAUACGUGUUAACUUUAGUGUUAACAUUUGUGAAACCGUGACUCAGACGGACGUGGACAGGAAAAACAGUGAAGGACGUCUGUACCUUAUUUGAGGCGAUAAGAAUAAUAUAAUUCCAAGUGUAUUGAACUGAAUAAAAACAAAGUGAUCAAGGAGAGAGUUCAAGAUGUUCAGCUGGCUGAAUCGCGAGGAUAGCGCGAAGCAAGACCUUUUUGAAAAUGUAACCGAAGGUCUGAAGAAAAUCUACAAAACAAAGCUCCUGCCUCUGGAGCAACACCAUCAGUUCCACGAUUUCCACUCCCCUCAACUCGAUGAUCCCGAUUUUGAUGCCAAGCCUAUGAUCCUCCUCGUUGGUCAGUACUCGACAGGUAAAACAACAUUCAUAAAAUAUCUCCUGGAACGAGACUUUCCCGGAAUAAGAAUUGGUCCGGAACCAACGACUGAUCGUUUCAUUGCGGUUAUGUAUGAUGAAAAGGAGGGCGUUAUUCCUGGUAACGCCUUAGUUGUCGAUCCCAACAAGCAGUUCCGCCCGCUCUCCAAAUUCGGAAAUGCUUUUCUCAAUCGAUUCCAAUGUUCCACUGUUGCCUCUCCCGUUUUGAAGGGAAUAUCUAUCGUGGACACACCUGGAAUACUCUCUGGAGAGAAACAGCGGGUCGAUAGAGGUUAUGAUUUCACUGGUGUGCUAGAGUGGUUCGCUGAACGAGUCGAUAGAAUUAUACUGCUCUUCGAUGCGCACAAAUUGGAUAUAUCGGACGAAUUCAGAAGAUCCAUCGAAGCACUCAGGGGACAUGACGAUAAAAUAAGAAUUGUUUUGAAUAAGGCUGAUAUGAUCGAUCAUCAACAGCUAAUGAGGGUAUACGGAGCCCUUAUGUGGUCGCUAGGAAAAGUUUUACAGACUCCUGAGGUUGCUAGGGUUUACAUCGGUUCGUUUUGGGAUCAGCCACUUCGAUACGACGUCAAUCGAAGGCUUUUUGAGGAUGAAGAACAAGACCUCUUCAAAGAUAUGCAAUCUUUGCCCAGGAAUGCUGCGCUUAGAAAACUUAAUGACUUAAUCAAACGUGCUCGCCUUGCAAAGGUUCACGCUUACAUCAUUAGCGCACUGCGUAAAGAUAUGCCAGCCAUGUUUGGCAAAGAUGGAAAAAAGAAAGAUCUAAUUAGAAAUUUGGGUCAAGUGUACGACCAAAUACAACGAGAGCAUCAGAUAUCUCCAGGUGAUUUUCCAGACCUGAAAAAGAUGCAAGAAUCUCUAGCCCAUCACGACUUUACAAAGUUUAAUCCUUUGAAACCAAAACUUUUGGAAAUCGUGGAUAAGAUGUUGGCUGAAGAUAUCGCUAAACUUAUGGCCAUGAUUCCCCAUGAAGAGAUGACCACUACCGUGGAACCUUUAAUUAAGGGCGGUGCUUUUGAGGGAGUAGAAGAUCAAAUAAGUCCAUUUGGCUAUAAAAGAGGAGAAGGUAUUGAUGCUGGUGCUGGAGAACCUGAAUGGAUUGUAAACAAAGACCGUUGCAAGUACGACAUGCUAUUUGACAGUCUGGGCCCUAUGGACGGAAAAGUUACCGGUGCUGCUGCGAAAUCUGAGAUGGUAAAGUCGAAGCUCCCCAACAGCGUACUAGGAAAAAUAUGGAAGCUAUCCGACAUCGACAAGGAUGGUUUGUUAGAUGCAGAUGAGUUUGCAUUGGCCAUGCAUCUAAUUAGUGUUAAGAUAGACGGACAUGAAAUACCUGCAGAACUUCCGGAUCACUUGAUUCCCCCCUCGAAACGUGAUGUAUGAAUUGUUCGACAUGUGAUGCAGUUUGUUCCUGCAAAGACACAUGUACAAUGCAACAGCUAGACCAAUCAAUUCCAUUUUCGCACAUCCCUAUUGAAUAAGAUCAUUCACUCUCGUACCAUUCAAGCAGAUAUGUUCGAAAGGGUUAUUUACCUGCAUACUUUCGGUAUAUAAUUAUCUUAAACUGAACUACGUUAAUACGCAUUGAUCUAUGUUGACGUCUUUCAAGUAUGCGUACGAAAUUACUAAGCAACUCGGGCAUACCACUUAAUCAAAAUAUUCGCUUCUAUCCGUAUUUUCAAUGAUCAAAGUGGGAUUGUGAUCGUAAACUGUAGUUACAACGUUGAUUUUUUUUUUUUGUUUAAGAACUUUGUAAAAUCCGUGUACUGACUUGUGAGUGCGAAUGGUACGAGAUGUCAAAGUACGUAAGAAGUAACUGAGCCUGUCAUGUUUUGUUAUGAAACUAGAUUUUUUCAAACAUAAUCACAAAAUUAUUUUUGUAUUACAGCAUACAAUAUACUCUGCAGUAAAAUUGAUAAAAUGGCUUGUAUCAUCAUUGGAUUUGUAGAUAUAUAAUUAGUACCAUUCUGACUACUGUAUUGUAUAUGUAAUGUGUAUACCUAAUCAUUAUUACCUAAUAUCACAAUGAGAUUUAUUUAAACAUUCAUAACGCAUAAUUAAUAACGUUAACUUAAUUUAUAAACGAAAAAAAUGUUACAGUGUCCAUUUAUUUGCAGACGUUCGUUUAUCACGUAAGUCUACAAACAGUCAUCCGGAUGUUACACGAGCCCAGGUCACAAAGUUACAUACCAAUGGUAUAUUAUAACUAGACUGUUUGUUAGCAAUCGCACUUUGGCGUUGUACGUACUUGCCAAGCAACCUACUCAUAAUCUGUCUGAUCGUACUAACAACUUCGUUUGAUAUUCACAAAUAUCUUCAUGUAUAUACUUGUGUGUGUAUAUUUAUAUCUAUCGAUUCGUAACAUUCACUGAAUGAUCCACAGACUUACUCUUUGAGCCGAUAACUUAUCGAUUAUUUAAACUGACAGAGUAUUGGAAAAGAGCUAUAUGUAAAUAUGGGGAUUUUGAUUUGCACGAUCAUAUAUAUAUGUAUAUAUAUAUACAUGUAUAAUCAUUCCCAGAAAAGAUAUCUUUGAUGGUAAUUUUGUAUAAAAAUAAAUAAAUGAUCUAAUGAACUGGGAAGAAUAGGCUUAUCGCUAGCGGAUGGAGACAAAACUCAGCCUAUACUUAUUUAUGGCUAAUUGCGCAGAAAUUUUCACACGUAAGGAAAAUACCAGGCGUUUUCUACAAAAUUUCAACCGUAUCUCUCUCCUCAGCACUGCCUUUAAUUGAUAUGUAUAUUUUUCUAUAUAUUCGAGAAGAACAGAAAAAACAAACGCAAACAAUUAAAGAAAUCAUAAAAUGAAUUCCAGGAGUUUAUUAUAACUCUUUCUAUUGAAUUACCAAAGAACUGAUCAACAUUUAUUUUGUGCGAUUGAAUAAAUUUGCUAUAUUUCCAUGCAUGAUGUUUAAAUUCGAGAUAAAUAUACAGUGUGGCAAUUUAUUACGCGCUAUGUAAGUGAAAAAAAAUUAGAAAAAAAAAAUAAGCGAAUAUGUUCGUUAACUACGUAAUGUUUUCGGCUUACAAUUUUCCGAACGGUUCGAUGAUCGCGGAUUAUUUUUUUCUCCCCUCCGGGCAGAAAGCGGCAACUUUGUUUCGCGCGAAACCAAAUUGCCGCUUUCUGGCUCCGUCGAGGAGAAAAAUAGUAUACACACCAUGGGCAGUUAAUAAAAAAGCCUCAGAUCUGAGACAUUUCUCACUUUACUGCUCUCAGUGUGUAAUAUACUAUUUCUCAGAGUUAAGGAAUCAAUUUUUAAUAUUUCUGAUAUUGUAAAUUAUUUUAUAUAAAAGUAUAGCAAAUAUAUAAAUUAUAUUAAAUAAAUUGUGUUAUAAAAGUUA